AGCAACGUCAGAUUGUGCCUGCCUCUCCUAUUUGCCCCUCUCACACUCUGUCUGCUCAGCCUACUUCCCUAAACCUGCUCUGUAUACAUUUCCAGGAAGUCAGAAGCACAGAGCAGUUCUGCUUGUUGUGAAAUCGUCAGUCUCUCUGUCUCACUGAAGCAAGAAUGGCUUCAAACGUGUGGUCAGAGGACAAGUUUAGCUGUCCGGUGUGUCUGGAUCUAUUGAAGAACCCAGUGUCUAUUCCAUGUGGACACAGUUACUGUAUGGGGUGUAUUAAGAACUACUGGGAUCAGGCUGUUCAGACAGGAGUCUACAGCUGCCCCCAGUGCAGAGAGACCUUUACCCCAAGGCCUGUUCUACGUAGAAACACCAUGUUGGCUGAACUUGUGGAGCAUUUCAAGACGACACAACUAAAUCCUCCUCCUGCUCAAAGCUAUGCUGGACCUGGAGAUGUGCCAUGUGAUUUAUGCACUGGGAGAAAGUUCAAAGCUGUAAACUCCUGUUUGACAUGCCUGGUCUCUUACUGUGAAACUCAUGUCAAGCCACACCUUGAAGUUGCUGCAUUGAAGAGGCACAAACUGAUCGAAGCAACUGGAAAUCUGGAGCAGAAGAUUUGUGCCGAACACCAGAAGGUUUUGGAGGGGUUUUGCAGAACUGAUCAGACGUGUAUUUGCUGGUCGUGUACAGACAAGGAACACAAGAACCACGAUACAGUCUCAGCUGAGAAAGAAAGAACUCUGAGGCAGGCGAAGCUGGGAGAUGCGCAGAAAGAACUAGAACUGAGAAUCCAAGAGAGACUGAAAGAAUUGGAGGAGCUGAAACAGGCUGUGGAGUCACUGAAAAGAUCUUCACAGAGAGAAAUCCAGGAAAGUGAGAAGAUCUUUACUCAGCUGAUCCGAUCCAUUGAGAAGAUCCGCUCUGAAGUGAUGGAGCUGAUUGGAGCUCAGGAGAAGGCUACAGUGAAUCAGGCUGAAGGGAUCAUGAAGAAACUGGAGCAGGAGAUUGCUGAGCUGAGGAGGAGAAACACUGAGCUGAAACAGCUUUCAGAGACCAAGGAUCACAUCCAUUUUCUACAGAAUUUCCAGUCUCUCUGUGCCCCUCCUGAAGCUGCAGUCCUACCCAGCAUUAAAGUCAAUUCAGACAUCUCUUUUGGAGCUGUGAGGAAAGCUGUGUCUCAACUUAAAGACUACAUUGAGGACUUCUGCAAGGGGAAAUUAGCCAAAAUAACCACAACAGGUCUAACUGUGCAGGAUGGUGCUGAUAUUGCUGCACAUCAGGUGAAAGAAGAAGCAGUUCACAGUCUGCAGGCUUCAGAGCCAGGGACUAGAGCUGGAUUUUUAAAAUUGAAUGAAACAGCAGUUUAUACCCUGGGGUCCAGGAGCAGUGGCAGGCGUUUAAAAGUAAAUGAAGUUGCAGUUCACAGUCUGCAGGCUCCAGAGCCCAGGAGCAGAGCUGACUUUUUAAAAUAUUCCUGUCGGCUCACACUGGACCCCAACACAGCACACAGAGAGCUUUAUCUGUCUGAGGGGAACAGAAAGGUGACCUGGAGAAAGGGAGAGAGCCAGCCAUAUCCUGAUCACCCAGAGAGAUUUGACUACUGGUGGCAAGUGCUUUGCAGAGAGGGUUUGUCUGGGACUCGCUGCUACUGGGAGAUUGAGUGGAGUGGGGAGAGAGCCUCUAUAGGAGUCACAUAUAAAGGAAUCAACAGGAAAAGAAAUGAUCAUCUCAGUGGCCUUGGAUACAAUGAAAAGUCCUGGAGUUUGGUUUACUUUGGUUCCAAUUGUUCUGUCUGGCACAAUUAUAUAAAAACUGCAAUAAUUGAACCCCACUUCCCCAGAAUAGGAGUGUAUCUGGACUUCAAUGGCGGCGCUCUGUCAUUUUAUGGAGUCUCUGAUGACACAAUGACCCUCCUGCACAGAUUCCAAACCACAUUUACUGAGCCCCUCUAUCCUGGGUUUGGGCCGAAUUGGUGGUCUGAAUGCCCUGUAACAAUUUGCCAGCUGAAGUAGCCUGUUCAGUGUUUUAAGAAACAUUUGUUUUUCUUUAUCUGAUUACAUUUCCUCUUUAUUCUUUCCCCUUUUCUCUUUCAUUUUGUAACAGAUGGGCAUUUUGUAGGUGCAUUUGUUUUAUAUACAUGUAGAAACUAGCGCAGAACAGGUUAAUUAAUCUUUGCACACUGCACUCUAACCCUUUGCGGUCCAUUUAUUCAGCGCGUCAGGUCCAAAUUAUUUUCACACGCGCAGCUUAUUUUAGACGCGCUGUUUAAAAGUUUUUUUUUCACAGUAAAACAGGUUUAAAAGGCACUGCAUAUCAACAGGACACUCAGUACUGCAUCUCCAGCACCGCCCCACCCCUCGUUCGCUAUAUUUUUCAAAUAACUCUUAAUAAUAGUACAUACCGAUAAAUCAUCUCAUGAUGUUUAUCACCAUGUCGUUUAUCACCAAACUCCUCAAUAAUGCGAUCCAAGUCGUUAUUUUAUUACUAUAACAUCUCAAAAAGCUCUGCAAAUGUCUGUGAUAUUCUCUGAGCGCUGGAUGCGGAAGCAUCUUUUCCUUCCUGAUAUUUUCUGCUUUAUGUCCUGGCUGGAUGUCUCCAUUAUAAAACCGCUGGUAAAAACAGAAGCUGUGUUUGGCACAUGCCAGGAAUCCUGCUGCAUGUAAACUAGAGGAGGCUGGCAGGGCGCUGGAAAAAGAAUGGCAAAGACAUGAACAGAGAGAGGUGCACACGUUGCAGGUGUGAAGAAACAAGCAUGCAAACAAGUAAGCAAGCAGUGCCCAAGAGAUGCCAAGAGGUGAUUAACUUAUAAGGCUUUAAAUGGUCUUGCACCUCCAUACCUUAAAUAUCUUUUGGAACCCAAAUUGCCCCUCCGAUCACUGCAUGUUGGGUUACCCCUCCGAUCACUGGAUGCUGGGUUACCCCUCCGAUCACUGGAUGCUGGGUUAUUGUCUAUACCUAUCUAGAACACAAACAAUGCAAAAAAUAUAAAUGUAAAUGUGACGGGGGACUGCCCCGUCUUUAUGAACGUGGUUGGGACUGGCAGGGAGGGGGUUAAAAUACCUCCCUGCCAGGAAAACAUGUGAGAAUGUGGCUGGGGAUAAAAGCCACAGGGGAUAAAAGCCAGGGGAGCGGCCCUGGCUAGGAGAGAGAGUUCUAGAAGAGGAGAAGUGUUUUUGUGUGUGCUGUGUUUUUUGACCAGUGAAGGCAACGUCCAGCCUGGAAACUUUAUUUGUAAGUUUUGUUUUGUGUUUAUUUUGUGUUGGAAACCUUUUUGUUUGGCCCGUGUGCCUGUUUAUUUGAUUAUUUUUGUUUAUUAAAAAGCUUUAUUUUGAACUUCAAACUGUCUCUGAGUCUCAACCUCUGCCAAUCCUGUCACAGUAAAUAAAUAAAAAAAGGUUGAAAAACGCAACAGCCGUUUAUAUCAAACACAGACACACAAGUUAGGAGAAGCAAUUGGGGCAACCUGGUCAAGCAUCAAGCAAAUAGGCACAAUUGGAAAGGUGCUGGGGCCCAAGAUUCACACAAUUGUUGCUUCUAACUUGGAUUCUUUUUUUCAUCGCUCCACUUUAUCGCUCCACUUCCUGACAGCCUACUGAAGGAUCGGUAAAGAAUCUUUCUAAUAUGUAGUGUGACCGGGCUUAAGCCCUGCGCAGUCUGAUUGUUUACGCUCCAUCCGGGUUCCCACCAGCUGUGUUGGUUGAAAGGUGGAGUGUUAAAUAUAAAAGGCUGCCUGUAGAGCUAAUGAGGAUCGAUCAUUCAGAGUGAGCACGGCGACCGUGAGGGCCGUGCUCGUUACAGUCUUAAAAGAGUUUGUGUUUAUUGUUUGUUUUUGUUAUUUUGUAUUUUUAUAUUUGAAAUAAAUACUGUGCCAUCGGCGUUUGUGUUUAGCCUCUGUGUCUCUGCGUCCUCCAUUAUGGCUCCUUGGUACACUCCAGCGCGGCGGGAACAGCACGCUUUGUUACAGUAUGUCUUGAUUUUUGCUUUUGCGGCUAAAUAGAGAAAUUAACUAGACAUAACAACAGUUGGAGAGUAAUUUAAUAAUAUAUUAUCCAAGUUUAAAAAUCCACUUUUAUUGAAAAUAAAUCAGUUAAAGUCAGAAAAACGUGUGUACAGUACAACAUCACACAUCCGCCCCCCUGAGGACUGGGGUAUAGGCAGAUGUGUGUGUGUGUGCGUGUGUGUGUGUGUGUGCGUGUGUG